AUGUUAUAUACAUUAAUUAUACAUAUAAUAAUAAAUGCUUUAAUUCAAAUGUUUUCACAAAAAAAAAUUUUUACAGUUGGUAAAAUAUCAAUUAAAAAAUGUUGUUUAUUUUCUACUCAAACUAUUCCAAUUAAAACACCACAAAAAAAUAGUCAAAUAAAUAUGCGUUUUGAAAAAGGUUUACCUAUUGUUACAGUUCCUUUACCUUCACGCAAAGAAUUAUGCCAAUUUAUAUUACGACCAAUUAGUGAUAAUGUAGGAACACUUUGUAAUUCAUUGUCUUCAGAAGAUAAAGGUAUAGAUUUUGUUGCCGCAUACAGCAUAGAUGGUACGAGAAUCGCAAAUUCAACAAGUAUAGAACAUUUAUUAUUAUUUGAUCAAUUUAAUCUUCGUAUUAAUGAUUUUGUUUAUACAGUUGUAAUACCAAAUAAUGAAAAUAUAAAAAAUGGUUAUUCAUUAAAGACAAGUGAAAAAGUUAAAACAUUAGAUGAUAUGAAACUUUUAAUAGCAUCACUUCAUGCUUCAUUAAAUUUGGAAGAUUUUAAAAUUUUAAGAGAAAAACAGUUACUUAAACAACUAGAAGAUGUAACAAUUCAAUUAAAACCGUUAGAAAUAAUUAAAAAGUAUAUUGAAGAAGAAUGUGAUAAACAUAGUGAACGGGUUAUAUGGGGUGGAUUUAUGCUUUUAGGAUUACAAACAGGUAUUUUUGCUAGACUUACAUGGUGGGAAUAUUCCUGGGAUAUUAUGGAGCCAGUUACUUAUUUUGCAACCUUUUCAACAGUUUUAGGAUCAUGUGCAUAUUAUCUUACCACACGUCAGCCUUUCGAAUAUGAUACUCUACAUGGAAGAAUUUUUUAUAAAAAAUUUCACAAAUUAGCAAAAAAAUAUAAUUUUGAUUAUAAUAAAUAUAAUUUUUUAAAAGAACUUGAAAAAAAGAUAAAUUAUGAUUUGGAAAGAUUAAGAGAUCCUUUAAACCAACAGUUACCAUUUCAGCGUCUUAAUAUUAAUAAUAAUGUAUUUGAUAAAUUUAAAAAAUAA